CCUGGCUACACCCAAAGGAUUUCGUCCAGUAGCACCACCUACUUCCGUCCUCUUUCUAAGCCGGCUCCCUGGCAGUCUGGGCUUGUGUAGUGACAACAUUCCACCAUGGGAAAGGAGAAGACCCACAUUAACAUCGUGGUCAUUGGCCACGUCGACUCUGGCAAGUCGACCACCACUGGCCAUCUGAUCUACAAGUGCGGUGGCAUCGACAAGCGUACCAUCGAGAAGUUUGAGGCUGAGGCCCAGCAGAUGGGCAAGGGCUCCUUCAAGUAUGCCUGGGUGCUGGACAAGCUGAAGGCUGAGCGUGAGCGUGGUAUCACCAUUGACAUUGCUCUGUGGAAGUUUGAGACCGCUAAGUACUAUGUCACGAUCAUCGAUGCCCCGGGCCACAGAGAUUUCAUCAAGAACAUGAUCACUGGAACCUCUCAGGCUGACUGUGCCGUGCUGAUCGUCGCCUCUGGCGUCGGUGAGUUCGAGGCUGGUAUCUCCAAGAACGGCCAGACCCGUGAGCAUGCCCUGCUUGCCUACACUCUGGGCGUCAAGCAGAUGAUCAUCGGUGUCAACAAGAUGGACACCACUGAGCCCCCAUACUCUGAGGCCCGUUUCAAGGAGAUCGUCACUGAGGUGUCUGCGUACAUCAAGAAGGUCGGCUACGACCCGAAGACUGUCGCGUUCGUCCCCAUCUCUGGCUGGCACGGAGACAACAUGCUGGAAGCCAGUGACAAGAUGGGCUGGUACAAGGGAUGGGAGACCACUCGCAAGUCCGGCAGCAACUCGGGGAAGACUCUGCUGGAGGCUCUGGACAACAUCGAGCCGCCGUCCCGGCCCAGUGACAAGCCCCUGCGCUUGCCCCUGCAGGACGUCUACAAGAUUGGCGGUAUUGGAACGGUGCCCGUGGGCCGUGUGGAGACCGGUACUAUCAAGCCUGGCAUGAUCGUGUGCUUCGCCCCCAAUGGCCUGACCACUGAGGUCAAGUCUGUGGAGAUGCACCACGAGACCCUGGCAGAGGCCUUGCCCGGCGACAACGUGGGCUUCAACGUCAAGAACGUGUCUGUGAAGGAGCUGCGUCGUGGCUACGUCGCAUCCGACUCCAAGAACAAGCCGGCGACUGGUUGCGAGGAUUUCACGGCCCAGGUCAUCAUCCUGAACCACCCUGGACAGGUGUCGGCCGGCUACACCCCCGUGCUCGACUGCCACACGGCUCACAUCGCCUGCCGGUUCGCCGACCUGCAGCAGAAGGUGGACCGUCGUACCGGCAAGGUGACUGAGGAGGCCCCCAAGGCCCUGAAGUCUGGCGACGCCGCCAUCAUCAAGCUGAUCCCGAGCAAGCCCAUGGUGGUGGAGACCUUCACCGACUUUCCGCCCCUGGGUCGGUUUGCCGUGCGCGACAUGAGGCAGACCGUGGCUGUCGGCGUCAUCAAGGCGGUCACCCCGAAGGUGGUGUCUGGCAAGGUCACCAAGGCGGCCGAAAAGGCCGGCAAGAAAUAGGUAAUUGCCUCCCACAUGGAUACCACUUGUUCGAUCGCAAGUGUUUGCUCUCCGUACCGCAAGAAGGAAUGCGUUUCUUUUUGUGCUCCCGGACCAUUCGGUGUGAGAAAGCUUAAUUGUUCAUUUUCUCUGUCUCAGUGGCUUAUAUCGCAUUGUCACCGCAAGGAGUUUCGGAGGAAAAGAGUAUGUGGAUACUAGCCCAUCAGUUUUUACCAACUGACCCAUACUCUGCUAUCCAUGUGAUUGUCACCUGGGCUUAUAAAUAUACCUAUGGCCUACCCGUAGGCUUUGUGAAAGGGUAUUUCUCACGGAAGGGUGUGUGGGACGAGAGGCGCCGGGUUGGGAGUAUUUGCACUCUGCUUCUCCAGACGUCUGUGGGGGUUGGUGGAAAGAGCAUAGUCAAUCGUGGUGUCUUGAUUUGGCGGAAUUCGGCGUUCGGCAAUUUUUUUUAGGCAAAUAAACUUACCGCAUGUAA